AAGAAAAAGGAAAUGAAAAAAAUGGCCGCCGCUAACUUGAGCUAGCUCGAAAAAUGUUGCGUUCUUCAUAUUUUUCGCCUCUAGUCGUGAAACGGAGCUCCAGAAUAAGCUAAAAUUCAAUGUUACGUCAGAGGACCGUGUCGGGCCUUCACCCAGGCCGGCUGUGACCUUAACCCGGGUUAGUGAACUAGUUGUUCGGUGUGUUUGUGUGGCGGGAGGGGUCUGUGUCCUCCGGUCGGUCAGCUGUCCGUCACUGACCCGUCAGAGGAUUGUGGGUAUCGACAGCCAUGGCAGCUCCUGUCAACAUCCAAACUCCCAGUAAAACCUGGGAACUGAGUCUGUACGAGCUCCACCGGAGUCCUCAGGAGGCCAUCAUGGACGGGACGGAGGUGGCGGUGUCUCCUCGUUCUCUUCACAGUGAGCUGAUGUGUCCCAUCUGUUUGGACAUGUUGAAGAACACCAUGACCACCAAAGAAUGUCUGCACCGCUUCUGCUCUGACUGCAUCGUCACCGCUCUGCGAUCAGGGAACAAAGAGUGUCCGACCUGCAGGAAGAAGCUGGUCUCCAGGCGUUCACUUCGCAGAGACUCCAACUUCGACGCUCUGAUCUCCAAGAUUUACCCGAGUCGCGACGAGUACGAGGCUCACCAGCGCCGCGUCCUGGAGCGACUGAACCGCCUCCACAACAAGGAGGCGCUGAGCUCCAGCAUCGAGGAGGGGCUCCGACAGCAGGCCCGCUACAGGUCUGAGAGGAACCACCGGGUGAAGAAGCCGACUCAGGAAAGCGAUAAUACCACCUUCAGCGGCGGCGAGGACAAUGGUGACACCCGCUCUCACCUGUCCCACGACUCCGCCCCCUCCCACACCCCCCACCCUCAGGGUCAGACCCCCUCGGAGGCGGGGCCGAGCCGGAAGCGGCCGCGGGCGUCUGACGACGGCUCCGUGGCUGAGGCCGACAGCGCCAGCCCCACCCCUCCCGCCAGGCGCCACAAAGAGGGCCCGGCCUCGGAGAUCGAACUGGUCUUCAGGCCACACCCACAGCUGGUCCACGAACACGACUACAACCAGACCAGGUAUGUGAAGACGACCGCUAACGCUACUGUGGACCAUCUGUCCAAAUACCUGGCUCUGCGUAUCGCUCUGGAGGAUGGACGGACAGACAGAGAGACAGAGGACAGAGGAGGAAGAGGGGAGGAAGGAGGAGGAGACACAGGAGGGACGGUGGCAACGGGAGGAGGAGGAGGAGGAGGAGGAGGAGGGGAGGGCUCCAGUCUGAGCAACAUCAGUGAGAAACAGUACACCAUCUACAUCAUGACCAGAGGAGGACAGUUUCCUACUCUGAACGGUUCUCUGACGCUGGAGUUAGUCAAUGAGAAAUACUGGAAGGUCCGGAAGCCUCUGGAGCUGUACUACGCCCCGACCAAGGACCAACAACAACAACAACAACAACAACAACAACAGCAGCAGCAGAAGGCGUCUCCUCCGUCUCAGAGGGAAGGAUGAGGACGUUGAGCUCAGACUCCGCCUUCAUUCUGAACCCACACCAACAACAAACCACUAAACAAAACCUGGGAAUCGAACGUUUUGGGCCGACCUCGGCUUCAGGGAAAAACCAGGACGAACCUCCCACUGUGGACGAAGGACACGUUUUCCUUCAGUCUAAAUAACACAGAUGGAUGAAAAGGUCUAAAACUACUUUUAUUCAAAACAUCUGUUGAAUAAUGACAAAACCAAAACUCUCCAAAGUUUUGUUUUUUUUUUCUGUGUGAAAAUGAAGUCUGUUUUGGAGUAAAACUUAGGUUCAGGAUGUAAAAGACAAAGCAGGAAGUGGAUCUUUUUAUUCCAAACUGUCUUUUUUCAUCACAGGAGUGUGAUCUUUUGAGCUGAGGCUGGACAAAGCCAUACUUUUGGGACACUGAGCGAAAGUUAUGCAAUGUUUUCUAAGUCUGGACAGUUUACGGUCAGAGAUUUGACUUUUCUAACGAUGAUUAUAUACCGGUAGAAAUAUAGAAAACUGAAGAUAUUAAGUCAGAACGUCAAGAUACAUGUUGAUUUUACUGCAUCAGUUGAAUAUUUUCCAGAUUUACGGGUUUUUGAGUCAAUAACGAACCAAAGGUGACGUGGGUUGUUGCUUUAAGACGCGUCUAUGAAGGUAAAAAAAACUGAAUUACAUGGAAGAGUUUUUUCUUUUUGGAGCAGAGUCUGGAAUAUGAUGGUAUUUAUAUCAGGUCAGCGUCCACUUCUGUUCUAAUGAGACACUUUAACAUUUAUUAAAUCAUUAAUGUUAACUAUAGUUCUGUACUAUAUAAAGCUUAUUUAGGUUGAAUAUUUGAUGUGAAUUUUUAUCAAAACAUUGACAUUUUGACAGUAAAACUUUUUAGUCUGUACUUUAAAGUCAAAAUGCAGUCGCCUUUAUCUCAUUUUCUAAUAAUGGGCUUGAAAUGUAUCUGAUGAAUAGAGUUGAAUGAGGAAAACAGACACUUUUCUUGUUCAACAUCGACUGAAAAUGCAGCCUUAUUGUUUUGUUUCAUAUUCAGUGUGAUUUUGUUCCUUUAGACCCUGAAACAAAUAGACAUGAAACUUAAAAAAAAAAAAAAAAAAAAAAUCAGCCCAGACUUUAGUGUCAAAUGACUCUACAUCAGGGGUGUCAAACAUGUGGCCCGUGGGCCAAAAGUGGGCCGCCACGGGGUCCAAACCGGCCCUUUAAUGCAAAAAUGACUGAACAUAUGAACACUUACUGAUAUUCAACUGGUUUUAGUUCAGGUUCCAUGUUCAGACCAAUAUGACCUAAAAUUAAAUAAGAACCGAUAAAUAAUGACUCCAAAAUAUUCUGUUUUAGUUCAAAAAAACUCCUCAAACUCCACCUGUUCCUAAAUGUUUGGUGCGUUUGUGGAUCCACUGUCAUCUGUGAGUUUUAAUAAUAAGCACAGACAUAAUAUUAUAGAAACUGUUCUUAUUUUAGUUCCAGAUUCCCAAAUGUUAACAAUAUUACCUGUUAGUAAAUGUUUGUGUAAUAUUGUGUGUAAUGUAGGAAGAAGUUGAGGCUUAACAUUGUUAAAAUCGCACUUAUCUUUAAGAUAUUUCAGACUAAUCUCAUGAAAUGGUGUUGCAUGUCAUGUCAGUUCUUAUGCGUCUGGUGUGCGACACAUAUACAUUUUUGACCUUUCGCGUGUUAUUCAACACCAUUUGAUCACAAUUUACGCUGAGAUCUCCUGUUGACGUCACCCUAACGCUCCACAUGUGGGAUCUGACGUGGAAGGCUUAUAAUGCAUGCAGAUAAAACACCAAUGAAAAGUGUAUAUUAAUGGGAGUCACGAUCUCAUGUUGGAUAUUUAACUUUUUUUCAGUCUUUUUUUUGUUUACUUUGUAAAUGUUAAUUUUUUCAUAAUUUUAUGGGGUUUCUGCACUAAAAUAACCAGAAAAAUUGGAUUUGAAUGUGAUUUUUUUUUUUUUUUUCCCAUAUUAAACCAAGAAGGAAAUUUGGAGUUAUUAUCUGUAGGUUAUUCUUUAACUUGAGCUCAUCUUGGUCUGAAUGUGGAAGUGAAACUGACAUGACUCUGCCAGGCCUGGACCACAACUGUAAAUUAGCUUUCAAACACGUCUGACAGUUCUCCACUUCUGCUUUAUUUUUUAAUUUAGUUUCCACUUGUUUCAAAGUAUAAUUCUGAAAUAUUUCUUUUCUAUUUAUGAAUUUUUAUUUAAUUUCUCUUACUUUCCUGCAUUAAUUAUUAUUAUUGUUAUUAUUGAUUUAACUCCGUGACAGGAUCAAAUCCAUCUGAACUAGAAAGAACUUCAGAUUCCUCUUUUUUUUUUUUUUGUCUGGAUUAUUUUUACAACUGUUCAUUUCACCUGUGAAUGAAAUUAAACUUUAUCAUUUUCAACUUUAUCUGUAGCUCGAACACUUUUACCUCCUGUUUGUUUUAUUUUCUCUUCACAGAAAAGCGAACUUUGAGCAGAUUGUGGAAUCCGUGAGCCUUAGUUCAGUCCCGUUCUUCUGUCUUCAAGCACUUUAAAUCCCUGCAGUCACGUUUCCUUUCACCUGUUUAUUCAGAUUCAUGCAAUAUUUUCUUUUUCUUUUUUGCUGUUGUGUAAUCUGUCAGCGACGCAGCACAAUAAACUGAGAAAACGGG